UAUCAGCCCUCACAUUUGUACAUUGGUCCCACAAUAGACAUUUAGCGAGAUUGAUGUGGUAAUAAAACGGAUUUGGAAUUACUUUCACUUCGAUCAUCAGUUCAUACAAUAAUCAAUUCAUGAAAGUCUUCCGAAGCAAAAGGACUACUUACAAGAGCUUGGAAGGAUUGAAUGCUGAAACUUGGCUAUUUCGUUACUCAAGCUCUUCUCCACACAAAAAAUAAUAUACAAAUGAAUUAAGAAGGAGGCGUGAGGCUAUCUAUACAGUUCUCGGUAAUUAUGCCUGAUCACCGAUCACUUUAUCGAUUCCAUUGUCAACGAUGUUUCCUAUUAUGGUGGUCCGAUUGGCGCGUCAUCUCGUCAUAUUGAUAUAUUUCCAGCACGCCCUCUGUGAUUGUUUGUUCAGCACACCUCUUCCCCCGGCAAACGGUGACGUAACAAUCGAUAAUUAUUCAGAUUUUGCUAAUUUUACCUGCGAGAAAGGUUAUUACAUCAAGGGUAAUGCAUCCAUAGAGUGUAUAGAUGGUCAGUGGUCCGAGUCGACACCUAUAUGCAAAAGGAAUAUAGGUUACAUUGUACUUCCUGUAGGGAUUUCAGUUGGAGGACUGAUUUUGCUUCUAGUCAUCUCAUAUCUGAUCACCAUUCUGGCCAGAAGGCUUCGUCGAAAAAGAAGAGAACAAGCACUCCAGAAGCGUUUGGACAAGCUGUGGUCCACGAAUAAAGAUCAACUGCUCGUGAUAAGCCAUUGACUGACAUUUCGUCAGAACCUCUCAUGUUGAUAUCGCCGGAACCAGU